AUGCGGCCGACUAGACUGUUCACCGAGCUUGAUGCAUAUAUGGGGGAAGAAUGGGAGUCUAGCACUCCAGGACACCUGAGUGAUCUGCCAAGUCAACAGCAAGCUCGGGACUAUCAGAUCGACCAAACUCUUCGCCGUGCAGUACGAGCAUUCUCUGCGAGAUGGCUCCCGCUCAUCCCACGAGAAGUGUCCGGGGUUGGUGACCACGAGGAAGAGAUCCGACAGUUAUGGCGUGCAUCAAGAAAAGAUAUGCUGAGGGCCAUCAACCGUGUGUCAUAUCGCUCUGUGAUAACAUUGUUUCUCUUUGGUUUGACUCCUAUUCCGAACGGAAUCUCCGACGACGAAGAGAUGGAGGGCCUGACAGGCCAAAUAUGUGUACAGACGGCACUGCAACAGGUUCAGAGGCUCAGAGAGCGACAAAGAAAUUGUCAGUUCAGUGGAGCGAAAGUCUCACCUGGAUCUGAUGCACUUGCCGCCCCAACCCCGGCCUCGAGUCUGACACAGGAAUAUCUGGCGUUCGAAAGCAGGGCUUACUGGUGUGCUUUAAUGUUUGACACUUCGGGUUCACUGACGCUCAACUUCAGAUCUUCCCUUACAGCAGGAUUGAACGGCUUUACCUCCGAACCAGCGUGGCGAUUGGUCAAAAUGUGGCUUGCAGGUUCCUUUCACAGCAAGACGGAAGAAUGGCGAACGAAUGGAUUUGAGCUUACGGACGAUUCAGCUUGCCAAGUUAUCGCCGCUGCCGCGGCUUGCAAAUUGUACGUUUGGAAGAUGAUUGCAGUACUCAAAGAAGCACUUCGUGAAGGGGUCGAAGAGGAGAUGGUCACCCAAGCCUGGACGUUCCUCAUGGAGGGCAUUGAAAUGUUCAAAGUUACAAUACGUCCUUUGCUGCGAGAUUGUGAAAGGAGACUUCCAUUUCUUGGGCAACUCGAAAGAAUCAAUUGGUAUGAGACCGUACUACACUACUACCUUGGGAUUUUGAUCUUGGUCGAUGCAGUGGAGGCAGCUGAGCGAACCGACUUGUUGUCAGAGCUCACAGAGACAAGGCUGGAUGCAGAGCACGAGGCAAUCAACGCCUUGAAAUUUGGCCUCGAGAGCCAGUAUACCAUCUACGAACCCGCAACAGAGCAGGGCACAGACUUUCCCACAGGCUCAUCUGGUCGAUCCAUCACGGCCUCGUUCGUGGCUGUCGAUCCUUAUCCUCAUCACGUUGUGGCUUCUGUGCGACUCAUGAACAAGGUCGUUUGCCGCGAGUACCAACAGGGCAAAAUAAAGUAUGAAGCUUAUUCAUAUCUCUCAUCUACGUUGCUCAAGGCUCUCGAACAAUUACCCCAGUCUUCAAAGUCUGUCCAAGCGGCUCGCCAAUAUUUGCACUUGGCGUUCAGGGAUCUGGACUCGUUUUCCACAGGAGACACGAUUUACGGCAUCUCUCAGGAGGAAGAAUGCGAUAUUUACUGA